UUUAAUGAUGCCCAGAAUUUGCUGAGAUGCCCUACAGGUUCUGUUAGGUGUGUUCACAGUGAGGGGCAAAGGGUGAUUAGGUGGUCCUGUCCAUGCCAGGGAUGGCACUGAUGCCACCCCCUCAGCAGGUGAGAUUGCACUUGAUGUCAUGGCUGGCAUGGAGCUGGCAUGUUCAAAUCCUACACUGUCACACCCAAAUGGCUAUGGCACAGCCCCCAAUAACCAGCUCCUGUGCCCAAGCGGCAGUCAUAACGACUGAGCCAAAUGGUACCCGCCAGUGCCAGUCCUCUGUUGGCCAUUAGGGUUAGGCUGCUGCUGGCCUUUCUGUCACCAGAUACACACACAGACUUUACUUUCAAAGGAUUUUCUUUUAAGUUCAUUUAAAUUCAAAUCAUCAGUGGGUAUCACCAGUAAGGCGAUGCCACCCAGGACACAAUGACAGUGGGCAAGAUACCCAUGACCAACAACUCUUGAUCUUUGGGAGUUCAGAAAAAAAGCUGCAAUAGCAAAAUGAGAAUGCGCCUGUACAUGGGCAGGGGUCUGGACCGGGUACAGCAGGCACAGGAGGCACCAGCGCCCACGGCUCUAUUCUGGAGGGCGUCAAAUGUAAAAUCUUGUGAAUCUCACCUGGUGUCUCAUGAAUGUCCACUAAUGCCACUGUAGUCCACCAAAGGUCGAGCCUUCAACUACACGGCCAUCACCUCAGUGUCACUCGUGCCAGCUGACUUCGAAAGUCGUGUGCCAAGCUACUGUACUGUAAGUUAACUUCCAAAUGAAAGGCACUUCCUCUCUUUAGACUUCUGCUUCAUUUGCUAUUUUUACACAAACCAUUAGGGUCACUUUUGUGGUCACAUUUUAACACUCGAGUGCGCCAUUCAAACUUCAGUCAGAUACACAAGAAGAUCCUCGUCACUCCGAACCAGCAUGGCGGAAGAGAACAUCUACGGGAACGAGAUUUUUAUAAAGAUGAUCGGGUCAGAGCGAGACCCCAGUGACGCCAAUGACGGUGACUAUGAACACCUUGACCAGGAAAUCUGUGAGGCGGAGGACAAAACAGAAAAAGCUGAGGAGAAGCCAAAGGAUGUCCCUGAGAAGAGGCCCCGUCCAGUCUGGCCGCUCUACGGGCUCCACACUGCCGGUGCUGCUCUCUGGAUUGCUGUUCUGAUUGUCAUUUUCUUCAAAUUCUCUGAAGUUUCAUCCCAAGUGAAGAAUCUGCAGAGUGCAGUUUUAGAUGUUAAUGUCUCGUCCCAGCUUGACAAACUGGAACUGGAUCUGAGCAAGAAGGAAAAUGACUCGUCUUCAAAGCUCAAGAAGAUUGAAUCGGACCUGAACAAGAAGGAAAAUGACUUGUCUUCAAAGCUCAAGAAGAUUGAAUCGGACCUGAACAAGAUGGAUGCUGAAAUGGUCAAGUUUCGCAAAACAGAGCUGGCUUUGCUGUCAAACACCUAUAACUGGUUUGACUUCGGCAGACACAAGUACUACUUCUCCACCGAGAGGCGCAGCUGGACGGCCGCGCGGGACGCCUGUGUCUUCAUGUUCUCCUACCUGGCAGUGAUCAACAGUGUGGACGAGAAGAACUUCAUCAACAAUAAAAUCACAGAGGAUGUCUGGGUUGGACUGAGUGACCUGGAGAAGGAGGGCGUGUGGAAGUGGAUAAGUGGAGAGUCUGUGGACAAAAGUUUUUGGGGGUCUGGUGAGCCAAACAACCAGAAUGAAGAAGACUGUGGGGAAAUUAAGAAAGGAGGGAUGCUGAAUGACAUUCACUGCACAGCUGAGAGGCGGUGGGUCUGUGAAAAAAACUCGGCGAGCAGUCGGUAGAUGAAGGGGGGCUGCCGGGGUGCAAGUCGAGGAGCUGAUCGUCACCGCCUGGGCCUUGCUGCUGUGGGCUGUUUUAUGCUUGAAAUUCGAAUUUCAAAGAAAAUCAAUUAAUCAAUAAAUCAAUAAAGACAUCAAUGAUGCAAUUCACAUGUGUUGCGUAAUGAACUCAAACAGAUGCUAAAGAAUUAAUUUAUUAUUUGAUGAGUUUGAACUUUCACCUGCAGGCUCAUCCACCCCCCAUCUGACCCUCACAGAAUGCCCACAAGAUGCCAGGCUGACUGAGAAUGCGUGGCAUGCCGUAAUUCAAACCAGGUGACCUCAGCCAUUUCCACAGAUUAUUUUCCUCUUAAUU